AAAGCCCAUUUCAUCCAUUUCUGUCUCAUCAAUGAGGAACUUGAUAGCAUGUUCUUCGCUAGACACGGUUCGCUGCGGAUUUCCUUUGAAAUCUAAAACGUUUUGAAUACAUUUCCCUCACAGCUGAUCCAUAGCUUACAAUCUUACGCGCUCUCCAUUGAUAUCCGUUUCUUCUUCACUUAAUAACCGCCCGCUCGCUGUUUGAAUCAUUGGAAUCGGACGAUAAUCGGGCAGAGUCGAUGGCGAGAGCUCGGUUAUUGGCGUUUCCGAUCAGAUGCCGGAAUUGGUGUUUCAGCCGGUCGGUUGACCCGUCCGCAUGCAAGGAACAAUCUGCCAACACUCCGGCGACGCUCGUUGAGCUCUGGAACAGGCUCUCCAAACCCGCCGUGGUUAAGCCUUCAGGGUCCAAGAUUGAACUCGUGGUCGAUUUCGCAACCACUAAGAUGAGCAAUCAGUGGAGUAAUUUGGAGAAGGCACCUGCUGGGAGUUUCAAGAGCAAGCUCCACGGGUUAGGGUUGAAGCUUCUGUCUACUGUUAAGCCUUCUGAGAUAUUCUUAAAAUCCAUUUCGAAGGAGGUGGAUAAAGUAGAAAUCACCUAUCCAUCUAGUUUAAAUGGCCGACUAGUUCGUCGAAGGGUAAGACACAUUGCAUUCAGGGGAACGGUUAUUCACAAGCGGUACUUAUAUGGAUCAACUGUUUUGCUCCCGUUGACAACAGUCUUCAUGGUGCUACCCUUGCCUAACAUCCCUUUCUUUUGGAUCUUGUUCCGCACUUACUCUCACUGGAGAGCUUUGAAGGGGAGUGAAAAACUUCUUGAAUUAGUUACAGAACACCCUGACCAACAACAUUCCAAUAAAAACACAACAAUCGAGAUGAGAUGUAAGAAAGCCAAUUCAAAUGAAAAUUCUCCAUGGGUUUUAAACCCAUCAGAGGAACUACAAAAACUUCUGAACCUCGAACAUACAUCAGACGGUACAAGUGAAAGCACACUAUCUGCAAUAUGCCAAAGGUAUCAUUUGAACAUGAUGGAUGUCGCGAAGUACCGGAACUCCCUUUAGUAGGACAUGUUUCCCUUAUUUCUUACUGGCUGUACAUUUCCUAUUGAUUAUAGAAUUCUUUCUCAGUGAUUUUUUUUUUGGUUGGAAACUCGAACAUGAGAGCAACGAAGUUCAUGCAAAUGUUAUUGUUGUGUUUCCAAUUCGUUUAUUACUGUAUUAAUGUGUUCCUCAAAAUAAAAAUUUUGAAGGAUU